AUAAAAAAAAAUUAACAUAAAACAUUAUUAUAAUAUAGUGAUUAUUAAAGUAAAUAUAUCAAUGAACGAUAGUACACGAUAUUUGGAUUAUUCAAAAUAAGAAUGUUGUUAAGUGUAGUACAGUUAUCAUUGAGAUCGAUUCACGGUACGAAACUUUUAAGAACAGUCAAUUUAAGAUCAACAACGAAAUGUAAAUAUGGUACUAAAUGGAUUAGUCGAAGACCUGUUGCUAUUGUCAAUCAAAAUGAACUUUUUGAUACUGAUGAUACAACUGAGGAGCAACGAACUCUUAGAACACGUAGAAGGAAAUUAAGAAUUAAUACAGCUGAAAAGGAAGAAAAAAAGAAGGAAAAAGAAAAUGAAAUUGAAGAAAGUACUACUACAAAAUCAAAAUAUAUAUGCCUUGACGCAGAUGAUAAACUCAUAAGCUCAUUAAUGAUAGAUGUUAAGACAAAAAAGAGAAGAGAAAAGAAUCGUGAAAUGCUAUUAGAAGGCUCUCGAUUAAUUGAAGAUGCAAUUCAGGCAGGAAUAGUACCAAAAGUAAUAUUUUUCAGUAGGUUAUCCGACAUAUUGCCACUGUCACUUCCGAAGGAAGUGAAACUAUAUAAAAUUCCAUAUCGUACAAUUCAGUUGUGGUCUAAUUUAACAACUUCUCCUGGAAUAAUUGGAAUUUUCGACAUCCCAGAUGUAAGCACUAAAGAACCUGCUGAGAAUGCUGUACCUUUAACUAUUAUCUGUGACAAUAUAAGAGAACCAGGAAAUUUGGGAACUAUUGUAAGAGCAGCUGCUGCUGUUGGUUGUGAAAAAUUAUUAUUAAUGAAAGGAUGUGUGGAUUUAUGGGAGCCCAAAGUUUUGCGCAGUGCUAUAGGUGCACAUUUUCGCUUACCAAUAUCUACAUCUAUUUCAUGGGAUGAAAUUCCAACGUUAAUAAGUGACGAAUCUGCAAUUUUUCUAGCAGACAACAAUAUAGCGUAUGAAAAUGUUUCGACAGAUUUUAAAAUGAACCCAGACACAAAUGAAGGCUCUUCUAUCAAAGUUAAUGAUAAUUAUGUGAAACAAGAUGCAGAUAAUGAACAAAUUGAAGAUAAUAUGAUAAACGAACUGAUAGAUCAAACUAAAACAUAUAAAUCAACUGCAAAAACUAAAUUGCUAGUAAAACAGUUAAUAUCUCAACUUCCAGUUAAACCUUAUUAUGCAUUAGAUUUUACAGAAAGAGAAAUAGUAUUUGUUAUUGGUGGAGAAACCGAGGGUAUAAGUCUCGAAUCAUGUAAAUUAUUACGUUCAAGAAAUUGCACUCGUGUUAAUAUACCAUUGACUAAUGGCGUUGAUAGCUUAAAUGUUGGUGUAGCUGUUGGUAUUGUUACAUUUGAAAUGAAAAGACAAUUUGUAACUCGUAAAAUUGAAGAUGAAUAAAAUUAUUCUUA